AUGGCUGCUGCUGCCGCUGCCGCCGCGGCCAGCUCUGGGAAGGCUCUUGCAGAGGGGCUCUGCUGCUUCCUCUGCCACGCGCUUUUCACGGAGCCGGUGUCCAUCGACUGCGGGCACAGUUUCUGCCGGGCGUGUAUAGCUCAGCAGUGGGGGGAGCGGGAGGACGCGGACUUCUCCUGCCCCCAGUGUGGAGAAAGAGCCCUGAAGAGAAAGUUCUGGCCCAACAAGGAGCUGGAGAACGUGGCAGAAAUCGCCAAACGCAUGAAGCUGGAGAAGGCCGCGGCGGGGGAGAGCGAGUGCGAGAUGCACCCGCAGCAGCCCCUGAGCCUUUUCUGCAAAGAUGAGCAGAAACUGCUGUGCUCAGCUUGUACUACUGAAUCUAAGGACCACGCCUCGCAUGUUGUGGUAACUGCUGAGGAAGCUGCCCAGGACCUUAAGGAAGAACUGAAGAUCCAGCUUCAGGCCUGGAGGGAGAAGAGAGAAAAGACUUUGAGCUUUUGUAAAGAGGAAGAGAACAAAUACAAAGAGUUUCUGGCAAAGGUAAAUGCUGAGAAGCAGAGGAUAAUAUCUACAUUUGAAGAAGUACAUCAUUUUCUGAAACAACAAGAAAAAUCUGUGCUGAGCCAUUUGGAGGAGCUUGCAAAAGAGGAGGAGGAGUUUGUUACUAAACUCUCUGGUGAGAUCUGGCUUAUGGAUACCUUCAUUCAUGAGAUGGAAGAGAAGAGUUGGCAGCCAGCAAAUGCAUUUCUGCAGAAUAUUGGGGAAACGUUGAACAGGUGCAAGGUAUGGAAAUUUCAACAACCGAAAGUUUGUUCUGAGUUGGAAAAGAAACUUUAUGCCUUCUCUAAAAAAUUCAUCAUUCUGCAGAAUACUAUGCGAGCAUUCACAGAAGAUCUGCCACAACAAAUGGAAGUAGAGUGGGAAAAUGUGACUCUGGAUCCAGAAACGGCUCACCCCAUCCUCACAGUAUCUGAUGAUCAGAAAAAUCUGACGUUGUCAAAGAAGCCUCGUAAUUUGACAGACAAUCCUGAGAGAUUUAAUAAUUCGUUUUGUGUGCUGGGUUGUGAGGGAUUUAUCUCAGGGAGGCAUUACUGGGAGGUGAAGGUAGGGGAGAGGGGAAACUGGGCUGUGGGGGUGGCCAGAGAAUCGGUGAAGAGGAAGGAAUGUAUGAGCAUACGGCACCUUCAAGAAGGCAUUUGGGCUGUGAGCAAAAAGCAGAAUGGUGGCCUUGUCGCUGGCAGCCUUGCCUUAAAAUGGGAUGUCCCUAUGACCAUUGGCGUUUAUCUGGACUAUGGGCUUCACAGGGUGACUGUUGUUGAUGCUGACAAGGGGAAUGCUCUCUGCACUUACUCUCCAGCUUCUUUCAAGGCAGAGAAAAUCUAUCCAUUCUUCUGGCUGCAAAGACCAUACGGCUCUCAUAAGGGAUGUUGGUUACAGUUAAGUUCCUGAAAACAUGAGAUGAAAAUGCAAUAGAGAUUAUUUUUAUAAUAGUCUCUUCUCUGAGGAGCUAUACAGUAUCUUGUCAGUUUUUGCAAAUGGGUUCAGUGGUCGGUGAUGCUCUCUGCACGUGGAAGGUCCCAGUUUCAAUCCGCAGCCUCUCCUGGUAGGAAUUCUGAGAGACACCGAAGAGGUGCUGCCAGUCAUCCCUGAAAACACUGAGCUAGGUGGGGACCAAUGGUCUGAACCUGGUAUAAGGCGGCUUCAAACAGCAUAUGAAAACAAGAGAAGGGGUGCCAUCAAACAGCAGUUCUAUCAAUCAUGUGUGCGGGAGUUGUGUCCUUACACAAUUUUAAAUAGGAGCUUUUUACUUGAUGCAGACUCAUAUAAUAAAAUACCAGUAAACUACAUAUUAUCCCUGUUAACUGGUCAAAGAUACACUUUUUAAAGUGGUGUCUUUCUUAUAUCUAGCAGGAGACUAGCAACUGUUCCUAUUCAGUGCAGCAUAGUAUUAUCUCUUCCAGUGGCCGUCUUGUGUUGCUCUUUUGAUAGUGAGCCCCUUUGGGACAGGGAGCCAUCUUCGCUCUCAUUUUUCCUUGGUUGAAAAGCAGUUACGUACAUAAUAAUCAUAUAAAACAUAAUCAUUCAUACAAAAGUGUGUAAUCAGCGGUAGAAAGUUACCCCAUAAACCAUUAUUAAACAAAGGAACUGCACAUACACAAUCACUUAUGGAAAUAACACUAACCGUGCAUUCAGAUUCUUUCUAUAAUAAUGAUUGGUAUCUAGGCACGGAAAUUAAAGCAUAGUUUUUAUAACUGCACAACAGUGUUUUGUUCUGUGUUGGUUUUUAACUCUCUCUGUGGACAAAUGAAAUAAAGUGUUCCUGUUUUA